AUGCCCAUCACUUCCAGGGUCAGGGGCCUGCAUCCCCGACACCACCACUCCGGCUCCUGCGGCAGCCCGCUGAGUCAGCUCUUGCCUGGCCCCGUGGAGCCCCCGUCCAUCAAGGGCCUGUACUACCGCCGGGCCCGGAAGGUGGGCGCGCUGGACGCCUCCCCCACGGCGGACCUCAAGAAGGAGAUCCUGGUGAACGUGGGGGGCCGGCGGUACGUGCUCCCCUGGAGCACGCUGGAUGAGUUCCCCCUGAGCCGCCUGAGCAAGCUCAAGUUCUGCCGCAGCCAGGAGGAGAUCGCGCAGCUCUGCGACGACUACGACGAGGACAACCAGGAGUUCUUCUUCGACCGGAGCCCCAGCGCCUUCGGCAUGAUCGUGAGCUUCCUGGCAGCCGGCAAGCUGGCGCUGCUGCGGGAGAUGUGCGUGCUGUCCUUCCAGGAGGAGCUGGCCUACUGGGGCAUCGAGGAGGCCAACCUGGAGAAGUGCUGCCGGCGGAAGCUGCUCAAGAAGCUGGAGGAGCUGGCGGAGCUGCGCAGGGAGGAGGAGUCCCUGCAGCGCCAGCAGGAGGCGGGCGGCCCCGCCGCGGACCCCUCGCGCUGCGGGCUCUGCAUGGACUGGCUGCGGGAGACGGUGGAGAACCCGCAGUCCGGGCUGCCCGGGAAGGUCUUCGCGUGCCUGUCCAUCCUCUUCGUGGCCACCACGGCGGUCAGCCUGUGCGUCAGCACCAUGCCCGACAUGCGGGCCGAGGAGGACAAGGGGGAGUGCUCUCAGAAGUGCUACUACAUCUUCAUCGUGGAGACCAUCUGUGUGGCGUGGUUUUCCCUGGAGUUCUGCCUGCGGUUCGUCCAGGCCCGCAACAAGUGCCAGUUCUUCCAGGGGCCCCUGAACAUCAUCGACAUCCUGGCCCUCUCCCCCUACUACGUGUCCCUGGUGGUGUCCGAGGAGCCCCGGGAGGACGACGAGCGGCCCGGCGGUAGCUUCUACCUGGAGAAGGUGGGGCUGCUGCUGCGCGUGCUGCGGGCGCUGCGCAUCCUCUACGUGAUGCGCCUGGCCCGCCACUCGCUGGGGCUGCAGACGCUGGGCCUGACCGUGCGCCGCUGCACGCGCGAGUUCGGCCUCCUCCUCCUGUUCCUCUGCGUGGCCAUCACCCUCUUCUCCCCGCUGGUCUACGUGGCCGAGAACGAGUCCGGGCGGGUCCUGGAGUUCACCAGCAUCCCGGCCUCCUAUUGGUGGGCCAUCAUCUCCAUGACGACGGUGGGCUACGGGGACAUGGUCCCGCGCAGUGUGCCGGGCCAGAUGGUGGCCCUCAGCAGCAUCCUGAGCGGCAUCCUCAUCAUGGCCUUCCCAGCCACGUCCAUCUUCCACACCUUCUCGCACUCCUACGUGGAGCUCAAGAAGGAGCAGGAGCAGGUCCAGGCCCGCCUCCGCCACCUGCAGAAUGCAGCCACGGCCAGUGAGCGCGAGCUCCUGAGCGACGUGGAUGACCUGAUCCUGGAGGGACCCGCCUCCCCCAUCAAAUACAUUUAG